AUGGCAAGUUUGCUCUACGUGGCAUGGGUGCUGCUCUUGCCGCUGCCGGCCGCUUCUGACUUGUGCCUGGCGUCAGGCAUUGGCAACGAAAGCCGUGCAUAUAUACAGGACGAGCACGGAGAGGAUCUCCCGAUAGGCCUCUUCGUUUACCUCCGUUCCUCUUCCAAAGUGAUGUCGCGCAUUGCUGGCAUCUUGAUUUCCGAGAAGCUGGGCUACCAUGUGGAGUACGAGUAUCUCAACCGGUCGUCGUUUGAAGGAUCAUACUGGCUGUCAUGCCAGGAUGUCAAUCACAGUGCCCAGGGGACUUCUCAGUGCAUCCCUGGUGAGAACCGAGUUCACAUAGCUUUGGACACAGGAUUUGGCCCCAUGCCCUACGAAAGGGCCUUUCUCCGACCCUUCCGGGAGCUGGAGGAGUGCUGCCAGCGAAGUCCAAGAGAUCUGGGCUCCAAUGGGUUUCGAAGCCGAGAGCACAUCUACAUGAAACGCUCGCAGCUCGAUGCGGCCCGCGAGGAUGGCCUCAUCCUGAAUCUGCACGGCAGCUACAACACCUCGCAUCACGAUGCGAGGAAAUACUUCGAUGGACUUGAUUCGCUGAAUUUCAGCGACUUCGACACCUGCAACCGCUCCUUGAAUACUUGGCUACCCUCAAGCGAGGAGCUUGAGAACUACAUCAAUUGGACUGGGGACACAGAUGGAGUCACACAGGAUGCAGACGGAACCCACACGAUUCGGUGCCCCGACGGGCAUUUCUGGAUCGCACCGGCGUGCCGGCACAAUGUGACAAGCUGCAUUGCCACGGUCACCUUUUCAGGCUCCCUUUUGCUCUCCAUGAUGCAUUGGUCUGCUUAUCAUGCCUUGCCCUUGGCCCUGGGAAGCUACGUCGAUGUCUACGACUUCUUCGCGAAGAUGAAGGAGGGGAAGACACUGUUCUACUGGUGGGAACCAGAGAACUACCGGUUUGACGUAGACAAGGUGCCUCUGCUCUUGCCUAUGUAUAAUGCCAGUGAGUGGGCCAUGGAGAAGCGGAGGACGGAGCAGCCCCCGGGGUAUGUGGGGAAGCUGGUCAGCGCGAACCUCCAGACCAAGGCAUCCAGAGUCCACACCUUGAUCGAGAGGUUUGCACUUGACAUUCGGAUGUUGGAGGAGCUGAACCAACGCCUGGCUGAGGGCGGAAUCUCGCCCGGUGAUGGUCCCGGGGAAGGAAGCUCCGUGAUCCAUCGUGCGGCCUGCGAUUGGGUGCGAUCCAGCGAGUCUUUGUGGAGGACAUGGAUUCCCACGACGUGCGACGCGGGGUCCGGUCUUGCUGAUGUAGGUGGCCAAUUUCUUCUGAGUCGUGGCGACGAUGCAGUCGGUUGCAGCGUAUGUUCGUCUGGUCGCUUCUCGGAACCCCUUUUGGACGACGAGGGCUUCACGUACCGCUGUGCCACGUGUCGCCCGGGCACUUACCAGGAGUUUGCGAACCAAAUUGGCUGCACUCUCUGUGCCUUGGGUCGCGUCGCCAAUCAGGCGGGCGCCACGGAAUGCGGCCUUUGUCCGCUGGGCACGUUUGCAGACCAGGAAGGUCUCACGGCCUGCGACAGCUGCGGGGACGAUAGCUGGACUACGAAGGAGCUGGUGGCGAGCCAUUUGGACGAGGGCAGCAAGGGCGACGGUGCUCGCCGGUGGAUCGAAGUGCGUGGGGCCACCUCCAAGGACGUCUGCGCAUGCACAGAAGGCCGCCACUUCUGGCAAGGCCAAUGCGAGUUGUGCCUGGAGGGCGCGACUUGUCUUGGACCUACGAACCUCACGCUCAACCCGGGCUUCUUCGCUUUCCCCGGGGAUCCCGGCAACGUUUUCCGCUGCUUCGGCAACUCGCAACGCUGCCCGGGUGGCCUUCCCGGCAGCUGCGCGGCAGGCCGCGACAACCGGAGCCUGGCAUGUGCUCAGUGCCUGCCGGGAUUCCAGCCGCAAGAGGACGGCCAGUGCCGCGAAUGCGCUGCAGCGGACUUUGCCAUCGUCGUUGGCCUUUGCCUGCUGGGGGUUUUGAUUGUGGGCUGUCUGCAUGCUUCUCUAAUCGCAGAGGGGCAGUCAGCCGGCCAUGGCAGGCAGCAUGGGAGCCUGCUGAAUGUGGCAUUGGGCUUCAACCAACUGGUGACCUUGGCUCAGGUGUUUGGCAUCAUGCGAAGGUUGCGGAUUCCGUGGGAGGAGCCUUUUUCGCUCUUGUUGAGGGCGUCGGAGUACCUGUCCUUGGAUGCGCUGGUGUAUUCAUUCAGCUCCGUUCAAUGCGUUCUCCCGACGUCGGCUGUGCAAGAGUACUUGACGGCCGCAUCACUGCUUCCACUGGUCUUCAUUUGUUCUCUGCUGCUUGUGCACUUUGCCUACGUUUGCUGGAAAAGAAGUGGGUUGCGCCUGGAUUUGCUGGGGAAGACCUUCGGCUCGUUCUGCAUGCUCUUCCUGAUUUCAAUCCUGUCGUCAAUUCUUGAGCCCUUCUAUUGCAACUUACAUCCGAAUGGAAACAGGACCAUGCAAUCCCGGAAUGACGUGCUCUGUGAUUUCCGUGGUGAGCACCUGGAGAUAUGUAUGGUCGCCUUUGUCAUUUGUCAAGUUCCGAUCGCCUUCUUCGCUACCUGUGUUCGGAUUCUUUUUUUCGAUCUCCCGAAACGCAUUCAAAGGGCCGACGUCUACUUUGUGAAUGCUUGUUCCUUCCUGAUUCUGCGAUACCGCCCGGGGGUGGAGGUCUUCGCGGUUGUUGUCUUGAUCCGGAACGUCCUCGUGACGCUGUCUCCUCUGAUUGCAUCCCUGGCCGGCAGUUUGCUUGUGCUCUGCACGGCCCUGUACAGCACUUUGGGUGGGGCGGCGUUUUGGAAGCCGUGGCGGACGAAGCUAGCCACGUACACGGAUCUGGCGAUGCAUGCCGGCUUGCUGUUGGUCUUGGACAUGGGCAAGUUCUAUGCUCCCACAGUAGACGAUGGCUACACUUUGAUGACCAUUUGUCUCGUGGCCAGCUGUUUCAUGCUGGUUUGGGGCGUCUUGGUUGUGGUGUCGGCCGCGUGGCGCCGCUGCUCAAGGCAACGGCGCUUCCGCUUCGCCCUCAGCCACCACACGCCCGAGGCGGGGACGUUGGCACGUUUGCUAAAGCUCGAGCUGCAGCAAAGGCACAAUUUGCGGACCUUUAUCGGCUCUGACGAUCUGGCGGAUCUGACGCAACAUCUCUCCUGCAUCGCCCAGGAUGUCGACACACUGGUGGUCGUGGCAGGCCGCGACUUCUUGCUGCAGAGGUGGUGUGUGGGUGAGGUGGUGACAGCAAAGGCCCACAGUGUUGAGGUUGUGCUUCUUGCUUUACCCGGUUUCGUCAUGCCUGAUCGGCAGUUCAUCGAAGCUUACGAGACUUUCGUGCCGCGUCUGAAGGAGCUGGCCGUCCAUGCAAUAGCUCUGGAGCAGAUUCAAGACACACUCACGUGGCUGAAUUCUGUGGAGCGCUUGGACAUGGUUGACUGCGACCCGCAGAUGCUCGCAGGCACAGUCGGGUGGCUGGUCGGCGAUAUCAGUACUACGAAUCGCUCCUCGGUCGUGGAAGCCAGACGUUCCACAAGCGUUGAGCGGACCACUUACCUCGUCCUAGCGGACACGACGCACAUGGAGGCACAGGCCGCGGCCUAUGCCCUCGACAUGGUGCUAGGUGCGAAGAUGUUGGAGCUGUCCUUCAAGGGAUCGCUACAUGUCAUGCGACCGGGGGAUACAGCCGACUUUAUGUCUGUCUCGGGCACCGCGCAGGCGUUGCUGCUCUGCACAGCGGGGUGUCUGGAGGUCCCGCAGGUGGCUCUCUGGCUCCUACAGCUGGGCCGCCUCCACUCCAGCUUCGUCCUGCCAGUUGUCGCAGAGGACUCCUUUCAGAUCCCUGCCCUCGAUUACAGCAAGCUGGCGGGCAGUUCCCUCUCCGACGGAUCGGAUGGCUUGGACGUAAAUCUCUACACCAAGGUGCUGGAGGCUGUCUUCCACGAGAUCUCGGUGCCCUUCAUGCCCAGGAGCUCCAACGAAAGGCAGCUGGACCUUCAGGCGAAGAUCAUCGUCGAGCGCCUCGUGGCGCAGGGCCGGGAGCCGCUCCAGACAAGACCUUCCAUGACCGUCUGCCCAGGUGCGGGCGUGGAAGGCUCUCCGAUGGUCGAUUUGUCCUUCACUGACGGCUCCGACUCUACAGUCGAGAUCUAA